CGCGCACGACGCACAUCGACCCGCGCUCGCACACAUGCGCGACGUCGACGCGGAACACGGCGUCGCACUGGGCCGGCGCGACGAGCCAGCGGGGCCGUCCGGGGCGGGAUCCUCCCGUCGCGUCGGCGCCCUUCGCGGCCCGUCCGAUGGCGCGGAUGGAGCGAGGUGGUUACGUCGCGGCGCGUCCGCGGUGGGUACCGCGGCGCUCGUCGUCGCGGCGGCGGCCGCGUCGCACUACGGCGGCGAGUUCAGCGACAUGCCCGCGCUCGGCCUCGGCGCACCGGUCCCGAGCGUCAUCGCCAAGCUCGGCCGGCGUAACGACCGCGUCCUGCUCGCGCCCAUGCAGCACCUCGCCUACUGCAACCUGCCCAAAGCCGCGUCGUCCACGGUGACGACGUACAUGACGGGCCUCAACGUCAACAUCCACAAGUUCAGCGACGUGGAGAAGUUCAUCGUCGAACGCGGCGGCGACUCGCACUUCGCCAUGGUGCGGUACAGCACAUUCCACGAGGCUGGGCUGGAGCACUGGCGCAACAGCAGCGCGCCUCCGUACCGGUACUUCACCGUGGUACGCCAUCCGGGCACGCGGCUGUACAGCACGUGGUUCGAUAAGAUCCACUCGCACAGGGGCGCGGACCAGCCCGACCUCCUCUACGCCGCGUGCGACGACGACCCGAGUUGCUCAUUCGAGGAAUUCGUCGACGGCGUCACUCGGUGGCUGCGGGACGAGCCGGACGUGGACAAGGUCAACGAGCACGUCGCGGUGCAGUCGGACCUGUGCGACCCGCGGGCGCGGGACUUCGAUGGGGUGUUCCGAAUCGAGGACGGGUUCGAACAGAUCGAGGACGCGCUCAAGGGGUGGACCGGGGUGCGAUUCGACUUUAAAUCCGAGGAGGGCGAGGUGGGGUACUCGCACCACAACAAGAAGGCGAAGAAGGUGUACGACGAGUUUCCGGUGAGCGACGUGAAGGGGUACGAGAAGUACAUGCCGUACGAGACGCAGCUGAAGAUCUGGCGCGCGUACAAGACGGACUUUGACGACUUUGGGUACGAUUACCCCGAGAAACGGAGCACGCAGAGGGAUAAAUGCCCGGAGCUGCCGUGGUCCGAAGCUUUGAUUCAGAGCGAGUGGCACGGCGAGGACGCGCAGCACUUGGAUUCCAUGCCCGCGGAUAUACUGGACGAUACGCCGAAGAAAUCGAAGAAGGUGGACGUUCCGGACGUGCCGUUGAAGCUCCCGGAGGAGUUGUUGGACUUCGACUGA